GAAAAAUUUAUACGUAUCAGGUAGUACCAUCUGUGAGUCAACCUGAUAAACUAUUCUUCCACUCAAUGGCUUUGCCUUUAUCCGUGCACGUGUGUUCUGUGUCGGAAGAAUCGUUCAUUUUUUGGCGCACAAUUAGAUAAAAUAUGCCGUCCGACGCGAAAAAGAAACAACAACAGAAAAAGAAAGAAGCCGCUAAGGCUAGACAAUCUGGCAAAAAACCAACUAUCAAUCAAACAAAAUCCGCAGAAGAUGGAAAGGAUCUAAAUGCUGCGUCGGAGGAACCCAUUCAAAAUGGAACUAAUGGAACGACUAUUAGCGUAGAAGAGGCAUUAUGUUUCAAGCUAGAAGCAGAUGCUAGGCUCAAUGCUGAAGCACGUUCAUGUACUGGAUCUCUGGCUUCACAUCCACGAAGUAGAGAUAUAAAAAUAUCAAAUUUUUCUAUUACCUUUCACGGUUGCGAAUUAUUACAAGAUACUAUGCUUGAAUUAAAUUGUGGAAGACGUUACGGUUUACUUGGCCUUAAUGGUUCUGGAAAGUCUACUUUAUUGGCAGUACUUGGAAAUAGAGAAGUUCCUAUACCAGAUCAAAUUGAUAUUUUUCAUUUGACCAGAGAAAUGCCCGCUAGCAAUAAAACAGCUUUAGAAUGUGUCAUGGAAGUUGACGAAGAAAGAGUAAGACUUGAGAAACUUGCCGAGGAAUUGGUUGAUUGCGAGGAAGAAGAUGCACAGGAACAAUUAAUGGAUGUAUAUGAACGAUUAGAUGAUAUGGCUGCUGAUACUGCAGAAGCUCGUGCUGCUCAUAUUUUACAUGGUUUAGGUUUUACUCCUCAAAUGCAAAAAACUGCUACGAAGGAUUUUUCAGGAGGAUGGCGUAUGCGUAUAGCUCUUGCUAGAGCACUGUAUGUGAAACCUCAUUUAUUGUUACUUGAUGAACCAACUAAUCAUUUGGAUUUGGAUGCUUGUGUUUGGUUGGAGGAAGAAUUGAAAACGUAUAAACGAAUUUUGGUUAUCAUCUCUCAUUCACAAGAUUUUCUUAAUGGCAUUUGUACAAAUAUUAUACAUGUCAAUAAGAAACAAUUAAAAUAUUACACAGGAAAUUAUGAAGCUUUUGUUAAAACAAGAAUGGAAUUAUUGGAGAAUCAAGCGAAACAAUACAAUUGGGAACAAGAUCAAAUUGCCCAUAUGAAAAAUUAUAUUGCACGAUUUGGGCAUGGUUCUGCUAAAUUGGCAAGACAAGCUCAAUCAAAAGAGAAGACAUUAGCAAAAAUGGUGGCACAAGGUCUUACGGAAAAAGUUGUCAAUGAUAAAGUAUUAAAUUUUUAUUUUCCAUCUUGUGGAACUAUACCACCACCUGUUAUCAUGGUGCAGAAUGUGAGUUUUCGUUACAAUGAAAAUUCUCCCUGGAUAUAUAAAAAUUUGGAAUUCGGUAUUGAUUUAGAUACUAGGCUUGCUUUAGUUGGUCCUAAUGGUGCAGGAAAGAGUACAUUAUUAAAAUUACUUUAUGGUGAUUUGGUCCCUACAAGUGGUAUGAUACGUAAAAAUAGUCAUCUACGUAUAGGAAGAUAUCAUCAGCAUUUACAUGAGCUUUUAGAUUUGGAUAUUUCUCCAUUGGAUUAUAUGAUGAAAGCUUUUCCAGAUGUUAAAGAACGAGAAGAAAUGCGCAAAAUUAUUGGUCGUUACGGACUUACUGGACGUCAACAAGUCUGUCCAAUUCGUCAAUUAUCUGAUGGUCAACGUUGUCGUGUAGUAUUUGCUUGGUUGGCUUGGCAAGUACCACAUUUAUUAUUUCUUGACGAACCUACAAAUCAUCUUGAUAUGGAAACAAUAGAUGCACUUGCAGAAGCAAUUAAUGAUUUUGAUGGUGGAAUGGUUCUAGUAUCUCACGAUUUCAGAUUGAUAAAUCAAGUCGCAGAAGAGAUAUGGGUGUGUGAAAAUGGGACAGUUACAAAGUGGAGUGGUAAUAUUUUGAAUUAUAAGGAACAUCUUAAAAACAAAAUUCUCAAUGAUAAUCAGAAAAGGCAAAAGGAUUUUAUCAAUAGAGGAAAAUAAUGCAAGGCCCUUUAUUAUUCAAUAUAUAUUAAUACAUUUCUCCUUUUAUCCAGAGCACUCUCUAUUACUUUCAAAUUUUAUCUAUGGUCUUGAUCGUUUAUUGUCACUGCACUUAUGCUGCUGUGUAGCGUACCGGUGACACGAGAUUACCUAGUUAAUUUAUUUAAAUAAUACGUCAUUAAAAUAUACAACAAAUGUACACA